AGGCCGCGCUCUAGGGGCGGGACUCAGGGCGGUUUGAAAGAUCGGCGCGCACAGCAGGAGCGGCGGUCGGCCUUGAGGCUGUGAUGUCGGUGUUGAGGCCACUGGACAAGCUGCCCAGCCUGAACACGGCCACCAUCUUGCUGGUAGGCACGGAGGAUGCUCUUCUGCAGCAGCUGGCGGACUCGAUGCUCAAGGAGGACUGCGCCUCCGAGCUGAAGGUCCACUUGGCAAAGUCCCUCCCUUUGCCCUCCAGUGUGAAUCGGCCACGAAUUGACCUGAUCGUGUUUGUGGUUAAUCUUCACAGCAAAUACAGCCUCCAGAACACUGAGGAGUCCCUGCGCCAUGUGGAUGCCAGCUUCUUCUUGGGGAAGGUGUGUUUCCUUGCCACAGGUGCUGGGCGGGAGAGCCACUGCAGCAUUCACCGGCACACCGUGGUGAAGCUGGCCCACACCUACCAAAGCCCCCUGCUCUACUGUGACCUGGAGGUGGAAGGCUUUCGGGCCACCAUGGCGCAGCGCCUGGUGCGCGUGCUGCAGAUCUGCGCUGGCCACGUGCCCGGUGUCUCAGCUCUGAACCUGCUGUCCCUGCUGAGAAGCUCUGAGGGCCCCUCCCUGGAGGACCUGUGAGGGCGACUGGCCCCUGGGCUACCUCUGCCCAUGGCUUCGUGCUGACUCCAUAAACAUUCUCUGUUGAGGAUGUCCAGUCAGGGCUUGACAGGCCCAGGCUCAGCCUCCAGUGGUUGGGAAGGUUCCCUGUAGCACCUGUGCUCCAGCAGGGAGAGCUAGGCAGAAGCAGCGAGGGGGCCCAGCUGGUGGGACUCCAGCCCCCUCCCACUCCCACACUCACUCUUGCAGAGCCUUGUGUCUUUAAGCAGCUGGCGUGUUACAUCUCCAUUUAAGGUUUCCUUCGAAUAAAAGGUCUGUGACUAAAAAAAGUUGAGAAAUCA